UGUACACCAGGGAGUCUACAAUUGCUUGGUAGAUAGUUGCAAGAGCCAUGAUAAAAACGAUUGCAUUGGCCGUCUGCUUACUGGUGAUAUUGACAAGAGGUCAUGCCCUUCAAACUGCGAUGUCAAAGGUCAAAGACCUGGGAAAUGGACGAUUUGAAGGUCACCUAAUUUUCCACACACAUGGCGAAGAUAUUGCUGGAUGGGAGUGUAUUGUCACUUUCUCUGAACCAGUAACAGGAUUUUCAGAAUGGAUGGGUGACAUAUUGAAACACUCAGACAACAAUACAGUUUUCUACCUCGUGAACAAACCUAACACUGGUAUCCUACAAGCCAGACAGACCCUGGACAUCACGAUCCAGGGGCAGUACUCAGGAAGUGGUCCCCCUACUGCUACAGCGGAGCUCCUGAACAUGGCUCAUGACGGGAUGGCCGCACCGACUAUAUCAAUUGACGAUGGAACAAAGUACAAUUACAAUGAGGUGUUGAUGAAAUCCAUCAUGUUUUACGAGGCUCAGAGGUCAGGGAAACUACCAGACGACAACAGGAUCACGUGGCGAGGAGAUUCAUCUCUACUGGACCAAGGGGACAACGGGGAGGAUCUCACAGGAGGCUGGUAUGACGCUGGUGACAACAUUAAAUUUGGGUUUCCGAUGGCAUCAACAACAACAAUGCUUACCUGGGGUCUUCUGAGGUAUAAAGACGCAUACCAACACAGCGGCCAACUGGACAAAAUGUACGAAUGCAUCAGGUGGCCGCUUGAGUGGUUUUUGAAAUGUCACACCGGAACAAAUGAGUUAUAUAUACAGGUAGGUGAUGGGAAGUCUCACUCUAUUUGGGAUAGACCAGAGAGUAUAACAACUAGACCGACUGUGUUCAAAGUCGAUGAAAAUCAUCCCGGAAGUGAUGUUGCUGGCGAAUACGCUGCUGCAAUGGCCGCGGGAUACUUGGCUUUUAAAGACAAAGAUUCUGUGUUUGCUGACAAACUUCUCCAGCAUGCCAAACAAAUUAACAACUUCGCAGUAACCUACAAGGGGAAAUACUCUGAAAGUAUUCCGGAGGUUGCAGCAUUUUAUGGGUCGGGUAACUAUAAUGAUGAGUUAUCGUGGGCGGGGGCGUGGCUCUACAAGGCCACCAAUGACACGACGUACCUGACCCAGGCGGACACCUACUACGUGGGCGGGGCCUCCUGGGGUCAGUCCUGGGGGGACAAGGCGGCCGGAGCUCAGGUUUUGCUUUAUGAAGAAACUGGUAUGGAUAAAUAUAAACAGGAUGUUGAGUCCACUUUCCGGAACUGGAUGCCAGGUGGAAAUGUACCCUACAGUCCCAAGGGACUGGCCUUCAGGAAUCCUUGGGGGUCACUCAGACACACGUCUAACAUGGCCUUUCUUGCCCUACUAUUGGCUGAUGAUGGUGUCCACUCCUCUGCUUACCGUGACUGGGCCAAAGGUCAAAUACAUUACGUCCUGGGGGACACGGGGAGGAGCUUUGUGGUCGGAUUCGGUGUAAACCCUCCAGUUCAUCCUCACCACCGGGGCGCUUCUUGUCCCACGAUGCCGGCCCCCUGUGGAAUGGCGUAUUUGACCAGGAAGGGGCCGAAUCCUCACGUGCUGUAUGGUGGUCUUGUUGGAGGCCCGGAUGAACAUGACCGGUACACUGACGACCGCCAGAACUACCAGAUUAAUGAAGUGGCCUGUGAUUAUAACGGCGGCUUCCAGUCAGCCGUGGCAGGUUUGGAGUCUUUAUUUCUACGUGGUUUGUUGCAUCCUUGAAUGGUGAUCUGUGUGAAGUUUGCAAAUAAACUUCACUUCAA